UUGGUCCCAGCCAACCAAAGCUCGACAAGUGGAGCCUAGUCAGCACAGCCGUCAGGCCAGCGCCUUUUGCAUUUACCCCCCUGGACUUUGCACUAAUCAACCCACACUACAGCCGUCAGCCCAGCAACUACUUGUAGCUGGCGUGCGCCGCGCCCGUGUUGGGCUGGAAGCACUCGCCGCCGGGCUGGAUGGCGUCGCAGGUCCCGUUCCCCUGCCCGCACGCGUACGUCAGUGCGUCCCCCACCGCCGUCUCGUUCAGCUUCCUGCCGGCGUGCGCGGCCAGCACGCACCAUAUCGGGCCCUUGUACGGCGUGACUCAAUAGUUGCAUUUUGUAAGUUUGGGACCAAAUCAUCACAUCCAUGACAAGUUCAGGGACUCCUGAUGCUAUUACCUCCUAUAAAUAACGGCUCGGCUGUUCGUCCGUCUUCCAUUCCGGCUCUUCCCAUUUGUUCUCUUACCUUCUUCCAUUCCGACUUCUCCCAUUUGUGCUCUUUCAUUUGGGAAUGGUUUUUCCUGCUUCUGCCCGGUCUGGACGUCGCCGCCGAGGUCGCUCUCCUGGGAUUCAGGCGGCCGUUACUGCGCGUGUGCGCCGUGCCGGCAUGCGUCUUCCUGCCGCGGACUGUUCGUCGGUGACGGCAGACGCUGUUGUGUGUGGUCAGUUGCCUGUGGUUCGUUCAGGGCGGCGUGCCCGCUCUGCGGCUCGCCGGCCGCUUCGUUCUUGCCUGCCUGGUGGCCAACGUUUGGACUCGGAUCGGUUUCUUAGUGAAGAUCUUGAUAGCCGCCGUCGAGAGAUUUCAUUAGGGAAGCGGCCUGUUGAUUGCACUGUUGGUUCGACCAUUAUUGCUGGUUCUUCUUCUGCAUCUGAUGGCUUUGAGUCUGCUGCUCGGCAAUCCAUUGCGCGAACUGGUGAGUUCUUGUUUCUUUUCUCUGCUUAUUUUCUGUUCAUUUUGUUGUCUCUCUUGGCCAACGCUUCUGCGUCCUUCCACUGGUUGUACGUGUCACUGCUGGCCCAAUCGGCGUGCAGAAGACACCAGCGUGUAGGCCCAGCGCAUGACACGCCCGCAUGCACGGUCAAACGAUGAAGGGUAUCGACAUCCACUCGAAUGAAAGCACACGGGGGUAUGCAUUGCACGCAUGCACUCGAACGGAAAUACAUCGAUGCAUGCAGUGCACAUAUGCACUCCGAUGAAUAUACGCCGCCGCAUGCAGUGCACGCAUGUACUCCGAUGAAAAUACCCCGCCGUAUGCAGUGCACUCAUGCACUCCGAUGAAAAUACCCCGCCGCAUGAAGUGCACGCAUGCACUUCGGUAAUGCUAGCCCUUUACGGCUGUCGCUUUAAAAAUAAAACGUCCACACAUAUCCUUGAUUGGUUUUUAUUUUUCUUUCUUUAUGAGCUGUUCGGGUGGGUAUUUGCGUCUGGUCCAGCUGGUUUUAGUUUUUGUACCUUUUGGUAUAUUCUUCUGCAAGACGGAUUGUUUCUUCUGUUUUCUGUGUUCCAUUGACUGCAUCAACUUUGGCUUGCUCAUCGGGGUGUGGUUCACCUUUGGGUGGUCCUUCUUUCUCUUUCUUUGAUUUUAUACUUACAACGCGUUUCUGCUGGUGUGUAUCUCCCGUGUUUUGUUGGCAGAUUGUUCCACUUGUUGGACUUUCGUCUUUGCCAUUUUUUGCGCACCUUCAACCUUCAACGGAAUAGCUUUGUGGCUGACUUGUAUUGUUAGCACUUUUUCUGCAUAAGUGGAGAGCAUACUUACAAUGAUGUGCCUGUCUGAAUAUGUAUGAAAUAUUGCUGAUGUACAUAUUGCGUACCUGCCACUGAUGUCCCUUUGCAAACCUUCGCCUCCUUUGAUUACCUCUGGAACAAGAGGGUUGCUAUCUCUCUUCUUUGCUUCUUUGCUCUCAGGAUUUCUCAGGCUGGUACACUUGCUGGUCGAGUGACCUUGCUAUUUAUGGUGUUGUGAGAGAGACGUGUGAGAUGAUUUGCUUACGUUUUUGUGUCACACGUGCACCGUCCGCCCAAAUGUAUGUGUGUAUUGACACGUGUGUUUGUGUGUGUGUGUGUGUGUACCGUCUGGAAGCUGCUUCUUUGUGCCAACAGACGGGCCACGGGAAGCAGCAAACUUCGAUGCUGCUGACCAGCGAUGUCGGUUCGUAAUGUCCUUCUAGAGAGUAUGCAUGCAACCAUACAAUGACACGACAUAUUUGUAGUGUCUUUCAGUGGCGGAGCUAGCAAAAGAUCUCAGGGGGGCCAAACAAGAAAUACACAUAUUUGAGGGGGCCAAAUGGCUAAACUUUCCUUGAUUUAACCCUUCAAAAAAAUUCCUUCAGUGAUU